AUGAAAGCUACAAUAUGGCGAGGUCUGAUGGCCAUUGGCAUGAAAUUCCAUCAUUUUGCAGAUCCUAAACCACCAGCACCUAAUUUCAAAAUUCGAAUACCCUCUCGAUUAUGUCCCCGCGGGGGAUAUUUUAAUCUUAUCUUUUAUGUCCCGCAAUCAUAUGUGGAAGGGUCAGAUGAAGAUCGAUAUCGAUUUCCCGUCGUAGUAAAUUAUCAUGGAGGAGGUUUUACAUUGGGAACCGGAACUGAUGAUGCGAGAUGGGCUUCUGCCGUUAUUCAUACCGUGGAUGCUGUAUUUGUCAGUGUGGAAUAUCGUCUUGCGCCUGAAUAUCCUUUUAGUGUAGGAGUUGAAGAUGGCACCGAUGCUGUGAUAUAUUUGGCCGCGCAUGCAGAAGAAUUACGAUUAGAUCCUCAUCGAAUGGCAUUAUCGGGAUUCAGUGCUGGAGGAAAUUUCGCAUUUACAGUCCCUCUCAUGCUUCACGAUCUACAAAACGAUGCCGGAAAACGCACGCUGGCAGAUCUCACAAGUGCGACUACAAAUGCAGAUGGAAGUCCUUCUACAAAUGCUAGUCGACAGGACCUCGAUAAAACAAAAUACGAAUCAUCUACCUCGGCCGCAUCAUCUAGCACACUUACUUCACACCUCCGACCCAAUCCCUAUCAAGGAGAACCUCAAAGUAGAAAUCAAUCCACGACAUCAAUAGCCAAAAUCCCCUCUCUCGAACCCACCGCACUAGAAAUUGCUCAGGAAGUUCCAGACCUCACCAUCCGCGCCAUAGUAUCCUUCUACCCACCCACCGAUUUCCGACAAACCCGCGAUGAAAAACGGGCCACGAAUCCCGCUCCUCAGAAAAAUCUCCCCCCAAUGCUCACCCGCCUCUUCGACGAAUCCUACAUGCACCCCAUCGAUUCGAUCGAUCUUCGCGAUCCCUACCUCUCUCCCGCAGCCGCCACUGACAAAUUCCUCCGAGAUGCCUACCCACAAGACAUCGUGCUAUACACCUGUGAAUACGACAUGUUAAACGUAGAAGGCAUCGCCUUCGGCGAACGACUCUCCUCACCCGCGAUUGGCAAAUCCGUCAAAGGCGGCCUCAUCAACUGCGUCCCGCACGCCUUUGACAAAAAACCCAACCCCAUCUCCUUCCCCAAAGCCGCCGAUCGCUGCUACGAAGAAGCCUGCGCGGAACUAGCCCGCGUCUUCGGGAGCGGCAAAACAAGCGAGGAAGAUCGGAGACAACUCGGUAAAAGUAAAGUCGUAGAUCGCUUCGAGGAACAGGAUAAAAUUGCAGGAGUUUCAGAUCGCGCGAGAGAUCUCAUCGAUAAUACGAGUUUAGCGGAAGGAAGAAGGGAGAGUGGAAUGGCGGAUAAUCAUGGUGGGGUAGAGGGGACGGGGAGUAUGAAUAUGAAUAUGAAUGGAGAGGGCCAGAAAGAAAGAGAGAUCCUGAAGAAUUUUGAAAAGGAAGCUGACAGGGUUAUUAAGAUGAAUGGGGGAAUUGAUGAGGAAGCUGUUGUUUAG